CGAGGUGCGGGGCAGCGAAGAUGAAUCGAGACUUGAAGUAUUGGAAGGAAGCAGCUACUGUCAUCUUGGCUUCAAGUGUACGAAAUUGCUUUGGGAAUAAAGAUUCCACCAGCACACAGGCUAGUUGGCCUCCACGUUCGGUACUUAAACAAGAGAGAAAUGUAAUUCACUCAUUGGUGGAGAAGACUGUCUUUGAUUAUGCUGUACUUAUGUUACAGCGGAGUGCAAAAAGCAGUUUCUUGCCUCAUGCUCAGGUAUUCCCUGGAGGUAUGGUCAAUCCGUCUGAUUUUUCCAGUGAGUGGAUUCAGAUGUUUCAGCCCUUUUGCAAGCCACCUAACUUUAAACUUGGUAUAGUCAGGCAAACCUCCAAAAGAGCUCCAAUUUUUGCAACGGACAGGAGAAAGCUAGGAUCUGAAAUCCCUGGAGAGGUGGCUUUCCGUAUUUGCGCUGUUAGAGAAACCUUUGAAGAAUCAGGGAUUCUACUUGUGAAGCCAAAUGCCCCUGAAACAUGUUUGAGCAGCCAAGGAGCCAUAAAGCUCACACAGUACGACCAAAAGGAACUUGCAAAUUGGAGGCCACUUGUGCAGAAAAAUGCAGCAAAUUUUAUAAAGCUUUGCAAAGAGCUGGACUGUAUACCAAAUAUUUGGGCAUUGAAAGAGUGGAGUAAUUGGUUAACUCCCACUUACUUGGAGAGAAAGCGUUUUGAUACUGCAUUCUUCAUCUGUUGUUUGCAAGAGAUUCCUUUCACAUUGCAAGAUGGUUAUGAAACUGUUUUCUACAAUUGGAUGUCCCCACCUGAUUUUAUUAAAGGCCACAAUUCAGAGAAAUUCUACAUCCCUCCCCCGCAGUGGUAUGAACUGAACAGACUCUGCCAAAUGCCCCAUUUCCAAGAUCUGCAGCAGUUUAGCCAGCAUCGGGCAUUGGAAGGCUGUGAGCGAUGGCUUCCAGUCCGUUUCCUUGCUUCUGAUGGUUAUGCAAUUUUGUACCCUGGGGAUGACCUUUAUCCAGAGGAUCCUGAUUACACAGGAGAAAAGAAGAUGAACGUCAGUUCCUCAAAAACUCUGGAACAAUUGAGGUUAGAGGUUACCAAACUAAAUCGCGCAGAGCUGAGAGGUCUGCAUGGCAUAACACUGUACGUGAAUAUUGAGCCGCAGUAUAAACAUCUCCAUCCACUAACUAUGGGGUCAUGUCAAAACUGUCACCUGUAA